AUGCGUCCCCUGCCUCUGGCAAGCAUAUCCAGUAGCGGUGGAAUUGUGUCUCCUGAUGCCCUAGAGCCUAUCGCUGUUGUCGGCCUAGCAACCCAUUUUCCUCAGCAGGCCACCAGCACAGAGAGCCUCUGGGAGCUCCUCUUACAAGCUAGGUCAACCUGGUCCAGCAUUCCGAAAGAAAGAUUUAACUCAAAUGCCUUCUACCACCCGGACCCUGAGCAUGGCGGAACAUUUCAUGUACAAGGAGGGCACUAUCUUUCGGAAGAUCCUGCCUACUUUGACAGCUCCUUUUUCAACAUCACAAAGAAUGAGCUACUGACACUGGAUCCGCAACAGCGUUUAGUGCUAGAGAAUGUGUACCAUGCUUUAGAAAAUGCCGGAAUACCUAUGGUCAAUGCGGCUGGCUCCAACACAUCAGUUUUCGUCAGUGGAUUCAAUCAUGACUACCUAGGCAUUCUGAAUUCAGAUCCGGAAACCACUCUGAAAUACCAACCUACGGGUGUCACCAACGCACUCUUGUCUAAUCGGGUUAGCUGGUUCUUCGACUUGAAGGGCCCGAGUAUGACUAUUGACACGGCCUGCUCGAGCAGUCUGGUGGCUUUACAUCUUGCUGUACAGAGUCUGCGAGCCCGAGAAACGAACAUGGCUAUCGUCAGCGGCGUCAGCAUCCUCGAAAACCCUGUCGAGUCUAUUGGAAUGAGCCAUCAUGGCCUUCUAGGGGCCCAGGGACGAUCAUUCAGCUUUGAUUCCCGCGCUGAAGGCUAUGCACGAGGAGAGGGCGUGGGUACUGUAGUAGUGAAGACUUUACAAUCCGCCAUCCGAGAUGGAGAUACGAUUCGUGCGGUUAUUCGUGAAAGCGGUGUCAACCAAGAUGGCCGGACCCCUGGAAUCACGGUUCCUAGCGGAGAUGCCCAAGAGAGUCUUAUUCGUGAGGUAUACAGAAGAGCUGGACUGGAUCUUGAGUACACCAGAUUUGUCGAAGCCCAUGGCACAGGAACAAGCAUGGGAGAUCCAAUUGAAGCCAGAGCUCUUGCAAGAGCAUUUGAAUGUCGUCAAGACUCCCCGCUAUAUGUUGGGGCUGUUAAAUCUUCUAUUGGGCAUCUAGAGGGUGGCUCUGGUGUGGCUAGUAUCAUCAAGUCUAUUCUGACUCUUGAGUCUGGAAUAAUUCCCGCAAACUGUGACAUGAAGUGUGUCCACCCCUCCAUACCUGCAGCAGAUUGGAAUCUAGCCUUUCCUUCCGAGAACAUCCCAUGGCCAUCGUCGGGGCUGCGAAGAGUGUCAGUCAACUCGUUUGGAAUCGGAGGCACAAAUUCUCACUGUAUCCUUGAUGAUGCCUAUCACUACCUUAAUGACCGUCAUCUCACAGGGAUACACUGCACCGCGGUUACUGUCCCCACGGCGCAGAAAAUCAAGAGUCGAGUUUUGUCCUUGUCACGGACAGGGAGUGACGCGGAGCAGGACAUGCUGGAUACCUCAGACGACAGCGACCACUCGGCGCGUGAAGAUCUGAACACCCCUAACAGUGAUAGCUUUUGUGAAUCACCGCAAUUUAGCGUAUCUUCUGUGUUUACCAACUUGAUAUCUCGACCAAAGCUGUUUUUGCUCUCCGCUUUCGAUGAAGAUGGCGUUGAAAGAAAUGCUGCCGCUUUGGCGAGUUACCUCAACAGGAGAAUGACCAAGGCAAUUCCACAUGAGAGCCUUCUUCACGAUCUUUCGUUUACCCUGUCGAAGAAGCGAUCUCUCUUCCAGUGGAAGAGUUUUGUCAUGGCCUCUUCAGUCAAGGAACUUGCAUGGAACCUUUCGGAGACCAAUUUUGUCAGACCAUCCAGAACAACUAUGACUCCAGAUCUGCAUUUUGUUUUUACAGGUCAAGGUGCCCAGUACCAGGCUAUGGGUCGAGAGCUCAUGGUUUACCCGGUUUUCCAAGACUCUGUAGAGGAAGCAACCAACUAUAUUCGCCGACUGGGUAGUUCAUGGUCAUUACUCGAUGAGCUUUUGACCGAAAGAGAGCCACCCCGAGUGAGUUUACCCGAGAUCGCCCAUCCACUGUGCACAGUCUUACAAAUUGCCUUAUUGGAUCUUUUGGCAAGCUGGGAUAUCUUCCCCACACGUGUAAUUGGACACUCCUCUGGCGAGAUAGCUGCUGCCUAUUGUGCAGGAAAGCUGUCACGCGAAGGUGCCUGGAAGGUGGCAUAUUACCGUGGCUACGUCUCAUCCAAGCAAAUAUCUGCGAAUGGAGCAAUGAUGGCCGUUGGUUUAAGUGAAUCGCAACUCGAAGGCUACCUGAACUCUGUACAUGAGCGUUGUACUGGUGAACUCAUCAUAGCUUGCCAGAAUAGUCCCAAAAACAACACAGUAUCGGGAGAUGAAGCUAUGGUUGAUAGCCUGAAGAAGUUGCUUGAUAUUGAUGGGGUUUUUGCGCGCAAAUUGAACGUCAAGAACGCUUACCAUUCAGCUCACAUGCGAGCAAUCGCCCAUGACUACAUCCGCCUCAUGGGCACCCUUCCACAUGGGAAACGAUUGGCGGCUCCUCACCAGGUGCAAAUGUUUUCAACGGUCACUGGCGAUAAGGUCAAAGAGGACCAGCUGUUAGCUCAAUACUGGGUAGAUAACAUGGUUUCACCCGUGUUGUUUGCAAGUGGCUUAAAUUCGAUGACCUCAAAACCAACACUGGGUUCUGGCUCGAUAGACCCGGCUUCUUUACGGCUCAUUGUGGAGAUUGGGCCUCAUUCCACUCUGCAGAGUGCUAUUAAAGAGACUUUGGGCUCGAACAGCCUCAAUCUGGAUUUCAAAUAUCUGGCUGUUUUGAAGCGAACAGACCACAACCUCAAUACUCUACUCACUACGGUGGGAUUCCUGGCUUCAAGUGGUUUUGCCUUGAACCUGGAUUCUGUGAACCAAGCUUCUAGUUCUAAGAAGAGAAGGAUACCUAAGCUUCUGGUAGAUCUCCCGCCAUACAGCUUCAAUCAUACUGAGAAGAUCCUUUUCGAAAGUCGUUUAAGCAAAAAUGUUCGGAAUCGAAAAUACCCUCGUCAUGAUCUAUUUGGUGCCCCAAUCACAGACUGGAACCCCAAUGCUCCCAGAUGGAGACAUUUUGUCAGAUUGAAUGAGAACCCAUGGCUUCGAGACCACAUGGUAACCGGAAAUUUUGUCUACCCAGGCGUGGGGUACCUUAUUAUGGCGAUCGAAGCGUCGAGACAACUUGCAGGUGGAACAAAAGUCACCAGCUUCCAGCUCCGAAAAAUCAUCAUGAAGAGAGCUUUGAUAGUACCCGAUACCAAAGAAGGCAUCGAGGUCUCUUUGUCACUGGCAACUGUGGACGAUCAGUUGACUGGAUCAAGAACAUGGCGGCGCUUCCAGAUAACCUCGUACAAUGCCUCAAGUGACGAGUGGGCAGAACACUGCAAUGGGCUCAUUACGGUGGAACAUGAACUGCCCCUAGAUCCAGUGGACAAUCGUCGCGAAGCUAAAGAAGAUAUUCAAGCAUGGAAGGCCGAUCUCGCCCAUGCGAACCAAAAAUGCGACAAGCCGAUCAACUUCAAAACUACAUACAACAAUCUCCAAACAUCUGGGCUCAACUUCGGGCCUCUAUUUCGGAACCUCGGGGAAGUCCGAGGGAGUGGUUCUAGACUUGGAAGAGUUGUUGGAUCAGUAAUUGUUCCUGACAUCGCGCAGUCCAUGCCUAAGCAAUUCAUGCAUUCUCACCUGAUCCAUCCUGCCACAAUGGAUAGCAUGAUUCAUAUGAUGAUUGCCGCCGUUCUUGACUUCACCGGCAAUCCUACAUUAGACCAGAUCCGAUUACCCACUUUCAUUCGUGAGGUUUGGAUUUCGGCAGAUUUGAAUGCGACCCCAGCACACAAGUUUACUGGACAUGCAACUGUGUCUGUAAUGAAAUCUGGCAAAUUUGAAGGUCAAAUUAGAAUGUUGGGCGAAGGAUCAGAUACCGAGCGCAUUCGCAUGGAUGGCAUCGAGCUCACUCCACUAGAGUCUGGCCUUGCCGAGAGCAGUGAGCGACAGCUAUGUAGUGCGAUUGAAUAUAAACCCGACCUUCAUUUCCUUGACUCACGUACUGCCUGUGAGGUGACGUCGGUUGGUUCCAGCUAUGAAGUUGAGGCUCUUUAUUGGGUGAAGCGCCUUCAGCUUGCAACGAUGAUUUAUGUCACAGAUACAUUGGCACUAUGCCAGGACCUCGAUGUGACGACUCUUGAUUCACACAUGCAGAGAUUUAUCGAAUGGAUGAAGCACAUGAAAGGGAAACUUCUCCGAAAUGAGAUUAUUCAUCUCCCUUACAGUGAAUUCCAGGAGGUUUCCCAGGAUGAGUUUCUCAAGGAAGCCAUUGACAAAGAGAUUGAAGAACACAGCGCCGAAGGUGCCAUUACCGCCCGAAUGGGCCGUAAUAUUUACCAAGUCAUACGAGGGCAGACCGAUCCUCUGCAUCUCAUGUUUGGCCAAGACAAUGUGAUGGAGCAGGUCUAUAAAGAGGGCCUUAAUCUUUACAACCUUCCCCAACAUCUGCGGAGUCAUCUAUCUCUGCUCCGUCACCAACACUGCGAGCUAAAGAUCCUUGAGAUUGGUGGGGGUACUGGGAGUUUCACUGCAGAAAUCCUAGCAGUGUUGUGUCCAGACCCGACAAAAAGCAGAGGAAGUAUUGCGAAAUACACAUUCACAGACAUUUCUUCUGGCUUCUUCGAAAAGGCAAAGCAACGCUUCCAGCCAUGGUCCAAUAUCAUGAAAUUUCAAUCUCUCAACAUAGAGCGCAAUGCUGCUGGCCAAGGACUUCAGCUCGGAGAAUACGACCUGAUCUUCGCUGGUAAUGUCAUCCAUGCUACGGCUAACCUGCAAAAUACAUUGCAGAAUUUGAGUUCCUUGCUCAAGCCAGGUGGUCAGCUCAUAAUGCAAGAAGGGAUUCGGCAAGACUUCCUCUGGUAUCCACUUGUUUUUGGUCAGCUUCCUGGUUGGUGGCUUGGUGAUGAGCCGUGUCGUCAAUGGUGUCCCUACAUUCCGACUGAGGAUUGGGAUGAUAUUUUGGUGAAAGCUGGUUUCUCGGGUGUCGAUAUCGAAUAUCCAAGCUCGAAUAAUCCAGAUUUGACUUGGCAGAGUAUUUUGGUUUCUUCAACUCCCACAGCUACUCAGGCGAGAAGGUCAAAAGUAAAUAUGUUGAUUGUGACAACACUCUCGCCGAGAACGAGGAACAUUAUUUUAUUUCUCCGCCAACAUCUACAGGAGAUAGGAUAUGGUUCUGUCAACAUUGUUCCUCCCUCAGAGCUUCAUACUUCUGUGCUUUCAGGCGUGCAUUGCAUUUCAUUGAUCGACAUGGAGUGUCAGUAUCUCACCGAGAUGGAUACAGCACAAUACAAUGGUCUGAAGGACUUGUUGAAUGGGUGCGAGAAUCUUCUUUGGAUUACUGCAGGCCCCGAGGCCAGUCCACAUGCAAGCAUGAGCUUGGGUCUUCUUCGCACAGUGCGUUGGGAACGAGACUCCGAUGGCUCGAACAUCAUUAUUUUGACUGUAUCAGAGCAGGAGCUUGCUAAGCAGGAAAGCGCAAUCUUUUCGAGAAAUAUCGAGAAGAUUGCCAAGCACCAAUUCUUGAACCUUUCGAAUGAUCGCCAUGCUGAGUACCUGUUGCGAGAUGGUGUCAUUCACAUUGGCCGUCUAAGUGAGUGGACCAUUGCAGAACAAUUCCUUGGUGAGCGGUCUUCGAAGCUGUAUCCUCAACUUCAACAUUUUGGUGAUAUCGAUUACCCCAUUGAGUUGCAAGAGACUGCAGCCGGGACCGGUGAGUAUCACUGGGUAGCAGACCCCCAACAUGAACUUCUGCUGGCAGACACCGAAGUUGAGAUUGAAAUUCGUGCGUUCGGUCUCUCCCCAAGUCCUUCUGGCAGCGCUCUUUUGAAUGAAGCUGCCGGAAUUGUGAUUAAGGUCGGUUCCAGGGUGAAAAGUACCAUCCUUGGCGAGAGGGUCGCUUUUAUUUCUGCUCCAACGAAAGGCGGUCGUUUACGGACGCAUGAACGAGUCGAUCACUUGCUAAUAGCUAAGAUUCCUGAUGAGAUGUCUUUUGAAAUCGCGGCCCAAUUAGCUUCAGCAUAUACAACACAAAGCCACGCGAUCAAUUGCUGCGGUGACUUCGAUUCAGAAGACACCGUAUUGAUUCACAACGGUGCAAUGGCCGUAAGUCAAGCCGCCAUUCAAUUUGCCCAGAGGUUUGGGAGCAAAAUAUUCGCUACUGUAGCCACGCCCGAAGAACGUGAUCUACUUGUGUCUGAAUACAAGAUCCCCAAGGAGCAUAUUUUCUCCAGCAGAGAUCUCACUUUUGCCAAGGGAGUUAUGCGGUACACUAACGGCCAAGGCGUCAACUUCAUUUUCAACAAUAUGAGCGGCGAGGCACUUCAGGCAUCACUGGCAUGUCUUGCCUCGCAUGGACAAUUUAUUGACGUAGCGCAGAAGGAUGCACGGAUUGAUCAUACGGUUGACCUGGCCUCUUUGUCUCGGAACAUCAGCAUUCACAAAAUUGACAUAUUAUCUAUGGCUGAAUCUCGGCCAAAAAAGGUUCGUGAUCAACUUGAACAUGCAUUGGCGUUAUACUCCAAUGACCAAAUCGGUCAAAUUCGAGGAUCAACCGUCAUGGACCUCACGCAGAUCAAAGAAGGACUUCAGUCUAUUCAGAAUGGGAGAUCAGCAAAAGUCGUUUUUAUUCCCGAUUCCUCUAGCAUGGUCCCCGUAGUCCCAAGAUCAACUACGCCAUAUCAAUUUGAGCAUGAUGCUACCUACGUCCUUGCCGGUGGCUAUGGUGGCUUAGGCCGCAGUCUAGCAAGAUGGAUGGCAUCCCGUGGUGCAAAGAAUCUCAUCUUCCUAUCACGUUCAUCGGCAUCGAGUCCGGAGAAGCGGGAAAUGGUCACCGAUCUCAAAAGAAUAGGAUGCAAGGUCAUCAACCAUACCUGCGAUGUUUCGGAUAGAUCUUCUUUGGAAGCACUAUCUGGAAAUCAAUUUUCACAUCUACCUCCUAUCAAAGGAUGUAUCCAGGCAUCCAUGGUCUUGAAAGAUAGUGCAUUUUCUCGAAUGUCCUUUGAGGACUGGCAAGCUGCUCUCAAACCCAAGGUACAAGGCUCCUGGAACCUGCAUACAGUCCUGCCAGACAACAUGGACUUUUUCGUCAUGCUUUCCUCCGUGGCGGGUAUAUUCGGAAACCGCGGCCAGGCAAAUUACGCAGCGGGAAAUACCUUUCAAGAUGCACUAGCUGCGUAUCGUGUCUCGCAGGGCAUGAACGCAUCAAGCAUCAAUCUCGGUAGUGUUUCUAAUGUCGGGUGGGUGGCUGAGAAUAGAAGCUCAAUGCGCACUCAUACCGCAACCCUAUUUGAGUUGAUCCGCGAAGACGAGGUCCAUGCUGCGAUUGAAUUCCUCAUUGAUCCCCGCCAGGAUAAGCAUUUCGCCAAUGGCAUGCGACAACCCCAGCUGGUACUUGGUUUGCCCACAGCAGAGAUGUGUCGCCAAAAUGGGGUGCCAACGCCCACUUACUUGGACUAUUCAAUGUUCACGCACUUCCGCAGUGUUGCCACAUCAAAGGCCAGUGAAAUCACCGAGCAAAAGACUGUCAGUACGACUGCCCUGUUGGCGGCAGCUUCGGACAACGAGGCUGCCGUGGCCGUUAUAUCGAAUGGCGUUGUCGAAAGACUUUCUUCCCUGCUCGCGAUUCCCUCAUCGGAGCUUGAUCCUCAGCGCUUUGGAUUUGGAGGUAUUGACUCUCUUGUUGCGAUGGAGUUCCGCUCGUGGAUUGUCAAGGAGCUUAAAGCUGAUAUUUCUCUGCUGGAUAUCAUGGGAGCCGAGAAUAUCAAGAUUUUGAGUGAGAAGGUUGCCGCCAGGAGUCGCUUGGUUGGGGGCCCCGGGUCUUCAUCUCUGUGA